AACAAAUUAAUUAAAAUGGCUUCUCCAGUUUCAGCAGUUCCUAGCAUUACCCGUCCCUUGGCAAAUUUUCAUCCCAAUAUAUGGGGCGAUCAUUUCCUUUCAUAUGCUUCUCAUCAAUCCAAGAAAAUUGAUAAUGAUGUGGAGGAACGAGUUGAGAAAUUAAAACAGGAAGUGCAAAGGAUGAUGCUGGUUGCUUCAGCUGAUGGACCUUCACAUGUUCUAAAUCUCGUUGAUUUGAUCCAACGGUUAGGUGUGUCUUACCAUUUUGAAAAUGAGAUUACCGAAGCUUUGCAGCAAAUUUUUAUGGACGACUCUGGAACAUAUGAUGAUGAUCUUCACAAUGUUGCUCUCCGAUUUCGAUUGCUUAGACAACAAGGAUUCAAUGUCUCUUGUGAUGUUUUCAACAAGUUCAGGGAUAUCGAAGGGAAGUUCAAUGAAAAACUUAAAGAUGAUGUGGAAGGAAUGUUAAGCUUGUACGAAGCUGCAUAUCUCAGAGUUCAUGGAGAAGAUAUAUUGGAGGAAGCUCUUGCUUUUACAACCACUCAUCUUCAAUCCAUAGCUUCUUCGGAUUCCCAUUUGAGCAGUCGUCAUGUAGCACUAGUAAAACGUGCUUUAAAGCAUCCAUUACGGAAGAGCUUGUCGAGGUUGGAGGCAAGACAUUAUAUAUCCAUUUACGAAGAAGAUGUUUCCCAUGAUAAAACAUUAUUAAUGUUUGCGAAGAUGGAUUUCAACAUACUGCAGAAACUGCACCAGCAGGAGCUACGUCGUAUCUCUGAGUGGUGGAAAAAUUUGAACUUUACAACAAAACUUCCUUUUGCACGAGAUAGGGUGGUAGAGGGUUACUUUUGGGUUCUAGGAGUGUACUAUGAACCUCAAUUCUCUUUUGCGAGAUGGUUUUUAACCAAAGUAAUUUCAAUAGUAACGGUUAUAGAUGAUAUAUAUGAUGCUUAUGGUACACUUGAAGAGCUUGAAGUCUUCACCCAUGCUAUUGAGAGGUGGGAUAUCAAGUAUAUAAAUCAACUUCCACAAUAUAUGAAAUUAGUCUACAAAACACUUUUAAAUAUUUAUGAAGAAAUUGAGAGGGAGUUAACCAAGCAAGGAAGAUCAAUUUUAUUUCAUUAUGCCAAGAAAGAGAUGAAAAGGCUAGUCCAAGUCUAUUUAGUGGAAGCUAAAUGGUUCAACAAAAAUUACACACCAACAGUAGAUGAGUACAUGAGCAAUGCUCUAUUAUCCUGUGGUUAUCCUUUGCUUGCAAUCACAGCAUUUGUUGGAAUGGUAGACAUUGCGACAACGGAGGCCUUAGAUUGGGCUUCUAACGAUCCUAAGAUUCUUCGGGCUGCAUCCAUGAUUUGUAGGCUCAUGGAUGACAUUGUUUCGCACGAGUUUGAGCAAAAAAGAGGGCACGUUGCAUCAGCUAUUGAGUGCUACAUGAAGCAAAAUGGCGUCUCAGAACAAGAAGCACGAAUUGAGCUUAAUAAACAAAUAGUUGAUGCCUGGAAGGAUAUAAAUGAGGAGUGGCUUAGACCAUCUAAUGUACCAAUGCCUCUAUUUACACGUGUUAUUAAUUUGGCACGUGUUAUUGAUUAUUUUUACAAGGAUGGAGAUGAGUAUACUCAUGUAGGAGAAUUUAUGAAAAGUUCUAUCAAGUCUAUCCUUAUUGAUUAUGUAAAAAUACCAUAAAGAUAUAUAAUACAAUCACUUUUCUACUUAUUUUAUAAUUAAAUGCAUGUACAAGCCUAGCUGGUAAUUGGAAUAAGUGUUAAAAAAAAUUAUGCAAUUUUCCUCAUAAGGGUGGACUUCAUGUAUCUUCCUUUAUGAUUACUAGAUUUCAUGUCUUCUACUUGGGCUAUAUUCGACAUAUUAACGAUUUAA